AAGUGUGUUUCCGGCGCUCGCCAUGUUGGCGUGUGUUUGUGAGUGCGCUGUCUGAACGCCUGAAGCAGAACCGGAACUACCGGAACCAUGGACAAGACUAAAAUUAUUAUACAAUCUACAAACUUUACCGGGUUUCUGUUCUCACUGGGCGCUGUGAUGGUGUUUAUUCAGGCCGCUAAUGCCAAUCCUUCACCUGCUGCUCUCUCUCACCCAUGCAGCACUUUGACCAGCUGUGAUUCCUGUCUGAAAAAUGUCUCAUGUUUGUGGUGUUACACCAAUAACACCUGUACAGUUUACCCGGUGUCUCACCUGCUUCCUCCUGCCUCAGUGUGUAAACUGUCUCAGGCCCGCUGGGGGGUGUGCUCAGUGAACUUCGAGGCUUUGAUCAUUGCGAUGGCCGUGCUAGUGUGUGUGGUGUUGUUGGCCAUCAUCGUGUGCUGUUGCUUCUGCUGUCGCUGCUGUGGACGAUCCUCACGGCCAGAUCAUAUCGAGGAGGAGAUUGCUAGGAAGAGAGAAAGAGACAGACAGCUUUCAGCUGAUCGGAGGGCUGAGCGCAGGGCAAAACAUGAUGAGAUUCGCAAGAAGUACGGUUUGAUGUCGGACUCUGAUCACCCGUACAGCAAGUUUGAGAACGAGUGAGACGGGCGUGCCAUCCAGCUGAUGCUAUUUUGCUUUUCUUCACCAUGAUCAAAAAGUCUGAUUAACGAUAUCUCUUCAAACUGCAGUGUAAUGCAGACGUGUGUGGGUGAUCUGAAACCCCGCUGUGUGAAUGUGCUCUUACUAAAUGUUCCUAAUAAAUUGAAAUUCUACUUUUA